UUACUUGUGAAGAUGAAUUUGUUAAUUAGAUAAAUCUUAUUCCUCUUUCUUAGUGUAGACUGUAUUGUUUAGUUUAAUCUUCUGAUGCAGACUAAAGAGGUACAGGUGUGUUUCAGGUCUAUGUGAAAUGAGUGGAUUUGGGGAGCUGAGAGGAGCUUAAGGAGAAUUGUAAGAAGUAAAGUAUGCAUUCUUUUGUGGCUUAUCAAAGAUGGCAGAGAUGAAGCAUCAUCUUAUAAAAUCCACCAAGAAGAAACUCAAAAUGUCUCCCGAUCUUCUCUACCUACCUUCUUCCUUGUCACCUCUAUAAGAAGAUGCAGACCUAAAUCCAAUAGAAAAUCUAUUUGCUAGACUUAAAAUUUUAUUUCCAGAGAUGCUCUCAAUCCAAUCUGACUGAGUGUGAGAAAUGAAGAAGAAUGGCCAGAAAUGCAAUAGGCCAGCAAAGAAGAAUAAGGAAGUGGUGUGUUAUAGUUCCUGCAUGCUUUAUCUGUGGGUGCAGGAACAAGUCAUCAGGUCUGAUUAAAAGGUUUAUGUGAGCGAGUCAGAGUACUGCUGAAGAUGAAGACAAUACUUGUUGUUUUCUGUAAGUAGACUGACAGCAGAUAGAAACAAAAUCUACAUUUUAAUUAUUUUUGCACAAUGGACAUUGAUGUGACUCUACACUUAUUGUUUUCAAGAUAUUUUGCUAAACCAGGUCAUUGGCCAGACAGAAGGUGAGCGCAAUCUAAACUAUGCUUAACAGAACAAGAUGUAUUUUAAGACGUUAUGUUGCUACAUUUGUCUGUGUGUCUUUUGUGUAGACAUGUAUCCUGCAAAGAUUCUGGCCCGGCAGAGAACUGUAAGAGAGGGCAGUGACUUUUAUGUAUACUGCAGCAUAUUCGGGCAAAAGAAGUACCCCUCUUUUUAUGUUUAUUUACUGAAAGAUGGACAAGGAUUUCGGAAAUCAAAACUGAAGCAAACUUUGGAUGAUACUCUUUUCAUAAUAUCUAAUCUUCAUCUUGAUCACAGUGGAAAUUACAGCUGCUUGUACUCCCCUACAAAUUACAGCCUUUCUGAUGUAGAAACGAAAGGACUGAAUGAAGCUGAGAUUCUGGUUAUAGCCAAUUUCAUCCCAGCAAAGCUCUCCAUAGCUGGACCCUUCACAGUUCAUGAGGGAAGCCACGUUGAGUUCAAAUGCACCUUUUCGGAAACCCUUCACACUCUCAAUAACUGUCAACUCAUCUACUGUUGCCUGAAGAAGAAUGAGACCAUCCUUCAAAUACAAGUAUUUAAUCUUGCUCAGAUGGAAGCCUCUUUCAGCAUUGAAGGUGCCGUUUCAAGGGAUUCAGGUCCAUAUAGUUGCCUUUUGCUGCCAUCAAAAUGCUUCCAGAAACAAUGGAAUGAGCUGCAAGGAAUAAAUACGGUGAUUCUGGAAGUCAAAGGUGGGAAUUGUUCCACGAUGUAUUUUACUUUCCAAUGGUUUCCUCUUGAAACAUCUCUGAAAAUUUAUGUCAUUAAAUUUAAUUUGUAUUUCAGAGGAUUUGAUCCCAUGGGCGGCUUUGUCUUGUGGAUUUACAGUCCUUAUGUUGCUUUUCAGUCUAUGUCUGGGAUGGUUCAUUUACAAAAAUUGCUUCAAACGUUUGUACAAGCCAUGGUAAGUCUUUGUUUAGCUGCACUUCCUGUUGGCAGACGGAAGAAAUUAAAAGACAGUGAUUGAAUACAAUGUAAAUGUAAUACAUAAGGAAGGGUUUGCUUUCUGUUUGAAUUGUGUGUUUUCUCAUUUUGAUAGUGAGCAGCAGAAUACAGAUGUGUUGGCACCGACAGAUGUGGAACCACAAGAGGGAUCAGAAGAAGAGAAUUCUUUCAGCAUGGAGAGCGAAGAAGAUUGCUGCAGCACAGCAGCCUCCCCCAAUCCACAGCUGCAUACAGAUGUGCUUGGCACAAGUUUUAUACCGAAUGUCCUUCCUGAAGCAACCCACCCUGUUGUCAGCAACAAGGAGUGGGUUUCAAAUGAGGACCAACUUGCAGGGCCACUUGCUGUUGCAUCUGAGCCAUUGACAACCUCAAUAAGAAAUUCACAGUGUUUUGAGACAACAGGGGGCGUCAUCUAUUACUCAAGUGAGAGAAUUUACAGCGUUAUUCCAGAUGAUUCAUCCGCAGGACCAAGUACUUCAAUUGUGCUGUACACCACUUCUGUCAUUAAGCAAUAACAGUCUUCAUGAAAGUCACCAGAACAAGACUUCACCUGAAUGUGAUGCAUAAAUCCAUUACAUGCAGGUAUUUUGUUCAUUUCACUUUUGUGCUACUCCAGGACAAUGCAACAGUGUUGACCUGAUAGAUUUACCCACAAGGACAGUGCAUUGUUCAUACAACUUGAACUUUUCACAUUUUGUCACAUAAUUUUCAAAUGACUUCAAAAACUUAAAGUAAAAUUAAAAUCACAUUUGUUUUGUAUGUGUUGCAUGGAUUUGUAUUGGUUUGUCUCUACCAGUCUUAACUUUGUGCCAGUUCCUUGUGAAACAACUAGAACUCUAUCAAGCUUGGUAGUGACUGUGAAAAUCAAUUUUUAAGCUGCACCAUAGAUUCAAAAUUAGACUUUGGUCUGCCCUUUGAUUGGGUAAUUUUAAUAUAUGUUUAGUGUCAUCCUGACGGAAGGUGAAACUCAGUCUAAAAUCUAUUACAGGCUGCGAAACUUAGUUAAGAAGUUAUAAUAUUGUUAUAGAAGUGAAAUUCACUGUGAACUUCUCCUGGUUACACUGAAGUGAAACUAGACACAAGUGGACUUUGCUUAAGAUAAGAUAAGAUAAGAUAAGAUAAGAUAAGAUAAGAUAAGAUAAGA